GUUUUUUCCAGUAUGGCAGCUCCCUUGCAAUGUGUUCAUUGUCUGCAAUCCGAUGUGAAAUACACCACAGACGCUUUCAAACCAUUUUUACCGUUUUGUGGUACACUACACAUUGGUUAUCUGUUUGGAGUAGAGGGCGCCCCGGCUCCCCAAGUCCUUCACAAUAGCUAUUCAUCUCUUUAAUUCAGGCGUGGAACUGGACCCUGGAUAAAAUAUCAGGACAAUACUAUUGUGAAGAGCAGUUGACCUGCAGACAUCAGACACGGUGUAGGAUUUUAGAGGCUUCUUGCAUAACCUGAAAUUUGGCACAUACCUUUCUCAAAUGAAAGAGUGUUAAUGUAUGCAUCCUGGUUGAACUUUUGGAACAGAAGUCAUCAUGGCUACCAAUCCAAGUAAUCAGAAGCGGAUUUUCAUCUGGCAAACUCAAAGAUCCCUGUCGACAGUGUUCACUCGAUCUCUCUCUCAAAUCCCGGACUCCUGUGCUAUCUUGGCACAUUUCUGUUCGGCUGCAAAGUUUGGCCCGGAGCGCAAGUACCUACAAGACUAUGAGUAUGAAUACGCUGGCACAGAUACCUUUGAAUCAAUGAAGGCCAUCUAUGAGCAACCUCGGCCAGGCAAGUCUGUUGUCAUCGGGAAGGAUUGCAGUCACUAUCUGGCUGAAAAAUAUGACUUCAUACCGAAAGGUUACCAGCACGUCUUCCUGAUCAGGCACCCUUUGAAGUCCAUCUCAUCUAUGGCAGCACGCAUCAAAACCCUCCCCGAGAAGCAAGUGUAUCACUUCAAGGUAAAUCAAUACAAGUAUCUGCACAACCUCCACCAAUAUCUGAAGACCACCCAUGGCAUCAAUGCUUCUGUGCUGGAUGCUGACGACCUGAUUGCACAACCUAAGGAGAUGCUACAAAAGUUCUGCAAGAUCCUAGGUCUACCGUUCAGUGACAAGCUUCUCACCUGGGACUGGACUGAUGAAAAGCCGGAUAACUGGAUGGUAAGAAACAGCCUUUGGGAAGAUCAUAAGAUCCAUGGAUGGUACGAUAACUGUCUCCAUAGUACUGGUUUCAGGAAGCCAACGGAUGCAGCAAAGACAGACAAGAAGGCUCUGGAGCCGGAGUUUGUAAAGAUGGUAGAAGAAGCUUUACCAUACUAUGAAGAGAUCAGAAAGCUGCGUAUUAAACCUGGAUUCUAAACUAAUGUCUCCUAAAGCAAACUCCACCUUGUCCAGUUCAGGGAAUAUGGUUCGGAUGUAAAGAAAAACCAAGUUUCUUACAGCUAUCCGAUAUUUUGUGGCUUUAUACUAUGUUGUUUUAUACCAUAAUACACAGUUGUAAGCUUUUGUUCGAUUUCUGUUUUUGUUCGUAUAUAUAUAGGUAUUGUGGUAUCUGAAGCCAUGUGUUAUCCUGAAACUUGCUCCCAUGGUGUUUUCUGUUUACCUUAUUUAUAUUACUCAUUUAUAAGCACUUUAUACUUUUUUAAAUAGCAUGAUAUGCAUGGAGUGCCUAAAGGGAAAUGAAUGAAUGGAAAGUUGGGGUUGGGAUGGAGAAAACUAGUGGCUGCUUAAAGCCAUCGGACACGUUCGGUAAACAGUAUUAGGCUCAAUCGGUCAUCGGAGUCGGGAGAAAAUAACGGGAAA